GUCACCUCCCCCAUCGUCCCUCCUCUCCGGUGGUCCUUCGUUUUCGGAGUCAGCAUCAGUCACUCUCCAACCUACAGCACAAGACUACACUCAGGCAUACAGAGGAACAUGUUGCUACAGAAACUGUUUGUGUGCUUCCUGUCACUUCUGUGUGGCUCUCAUACGUGUUUGGGAUUUGUCUAUGACCGGCCCAGACGCUCUGGAGAGGAUGGGACUUCAGCCAGGACAGAGUCUCGCUCUGCGUCGCAGUACGUUCUGACCUCCGGCUCCUGCAGAAACAGAUGUUUUGAGCUGGUUGAGUUGGAGCCACCAAACUGUCGCUGUGACAACCUGUGCAAAACCUACAAUGGCUGCUGCUCUGACUUUGACCAGCUUUGCCUCAGGACAGAAGGAGGUUAUGAGUGCAGUAAGGAUCGGUGUGGGGAAACUUGAAAUGAACAGCACGCCUGUCACUGCUCUGAUGACUGUCUGACCCGAGGAGACUGUUGUACCAACUACAAGAAACUGUGCAAAGGAGACACUUCGUGGCUGCAGGACGAAUGUGAGGACAUCAAGACUGCAGAAUGUCCUGCUGGGUUUGUGCGUCCACCACUCAUCAUGCUGUCAGUGGAUGGAUUUAGAGCUUCAUAUGUGAAGAGAGGGAGCUCUGUCAUACCCAACAUCGAGAAACUCAGAACAUGUGGAACCCAUGCUCCCUACAUGAGGCCUGUUUACCCCUCCAAAACCUUCCCCAACCUUUACUCACUGGCUACAGGUCUGUACCCAGAGUCUCAUGGUAUCGUUGGAAACUCUAUGUAUGACCCGGUGUUUGAUGCAACCUUCACCCUGAGAAGCCGAGAAAAACUCAAUCACCGCUGGUGGGGAGGACAACCAAUCUGGAUCACAGCACUCAAGCAAGGAGUGAAGGCUGCCACCUUCUUCUGGCCCGUUACCAUCCCUUUGGAGAGGAGGAUACUUACUAUGCUGCAGUGGCUCCACCUCCCUGAAGGAGAGAGGCCCUAUGUCUACGCCAUGCACUCUGAACAACCAGACACAUAUGGACACAGAGUGGGGCCCCUAAGCAUAGAACUGAACAACCCUCUGAGGAUGAUUGACAGAAUCGUUGGCCAGCUCAUGGAUGGGCUUAAGCAGAUGAAGCUGCACCGCUGUGUCAACAUCAUCCUGGUGGGGGAUCAUGGUAUGGAAGAGGCCCACUGUGAUCGCACCGAGUUCCUCAGUAACUAUAUGACCAGUGUUGAUGACAUCAUCCUCAUCCCUGGGUCCCUUGGCAGAAUACGUUCCAGAUACCCCAACAACCCUAAAUAUGACCCUAAGACUGUUGUUGCAAAUUUAACAUGUAAGAAAACAGACCAGCACUUUAAGCCCUACUUGAAACAGCAUCUACCUAAGAGACUGCAUUAUGCCAACAAUCGACGCAUUGAAGAGAUUCACCUGCUGGUUGAGAGGAAGUGGCACAUUGCCAGGAAAGUCCCUGAAGGGAGGAGGCACUGUGGCUUCGCUGGGGACCAUGGCUAUGACAAUAAGAUCAAUAGCAUGCAGACUAUUUUCUUGGGGUAUGGACCUACAUUUAAAUUCAAGACUAAAGUUCCAGCCUUUGAAAACAUUGAGCUUUACAAUGUCAUGUGUGAUCUGUUGGGUCUGAAACCAGCUCCCAAUAAUGGAACUCAUGGCAGCCUGAACCACCUGCUCAGAAGCCCCCCAUACAAACCCACUAUGCCAGAGGAGGUUUCCAGGCCAACAGCCGUCAGUCUCGUUCCUUCAUUGACAGAUGACUUGGGCUGCAACUGUGAUGAAAAGUUGCGUGUAAAAAGUAGGGGCCAGAGAGGUUUGAAAGUGACCCUUGUACGAGGCUAUAACCUGGAGUCACUCUGGCUCUGUCUCUUACAGAACAAAGUGGAGGAGCUAAACCACCGACUGAGGCAAGCUAUUGAUGACAGCAGGAACCUGCCAUACGGCCGACCUGCUGUCCUCUUCCGUACCAAAUAUUCCAUCCUUCACCACAGUGACUACAUCAGCGGCUACAGUGAAACUCUCUCCAUGCCCCUCUGGACAUCAUACACUGUUAGCAGACAGGUAGAAGUGUCUCCUCUGCCUGAAGCUCUGUCCAACUGUGUGAGGCCAGAUGCCAGAGUCCCUCCAGCCUACAGCCAGUCUUGUACCAACUACAGAGCAGACAAACAAAUCUCAUACGCCUUCCUGUACCCGCCACAACUGUCCUCAAACGUGGACAAAAAAUACGAUGCCGUCCUCAUCACCAACACCGUCCCCAUGUAUCCUGCAUUCAAGAGGAUAUGGGCUUACUUCCAGAGAGCACUGGUGAAGAAAUAUGCCACUGAGAGGAAUGGAGUGAACGUCCUCAUUGGACCCAUAUUUGACUAUGACUACGAUGGUGUUCGGGACUCAGCUGAGCGGAUAAGAGAGUAUGUAAGUGGGACGAUACCCAUCCCCACACACUACUUUGUGGUCCUGACCAGCUGCUUGGACUUCACACAGGCUGCAGACUCGUGCAGCGGUCCGCUGAGCAGCGCUGCUUUUAUCCUGCCACACAGACCCAGCAACGAUGAAACCUGCAACAGCUCUGAGGAGGAGUCUCGCUGGGUGGAGGAUCUGAUGAAGAUGCACACGGCUCGUGUCAGGGAUGUGGAGAUCCUGACAGGCCUGGACUUGUACCGCAGAACCACCAGGAGCUAUGCUGAAAUUCUUUCACUCAAGACCUACAUGCACACCUACGAGAGCGAGAUCUGAUCUCUGCUGGAUCUGUGUGCAAUAAUGUUACUGACAUUUUCUUCAACUGUGGUGGAUGCACAGCAUGUGGUACCCGAUUAGUGUCAUCUCUGUUCUACACUGACUGCUCUGCAGCAUCCAUUCUGUGGCCCUGUCACUAAGCAUUUCCGUUCAUCUCAUUCAUUUCAUUGCUUUGUUCAGAUUCGGGUAGCUAAGUGGUGUUAAAGCGCAGACAGAAGGAAAACCCAAUAACCAGCCAAUAACUUGAGUUUGUUUGCUUAACCCAAAGAAAGAAUCGUUACAAGGGCUCUACUCUUGAAUUCAGACUUUUCAGAAGGUCAGGAGAGGCGUGUGGCCAAAACGAACCGAUUCAUUCACAGAAAGACUGCAAACAGACUUACAAUAAAGUAAAUUCAUCCAUUCCAGUUAUCUUUAGGACGGCUUUGGUGGCGCUGGAGCCGAUCCCAGCUGACCGUGGCUGAGAGGCAAACCAGACUCAAAACAUGGCAAAAAAGAGUUUUACUUUUGUGUACAAAGAGACACGGUGAAAAAAUGUAAAUAAAAGUGAACAUUUCAGUUAAAGGAGCUUCAGCAGCGUGACUUACAGAUAAUUUGAUUCUUUUGACAUUAGGCAGGUUAUCACAAAGACAACGGGGUAGGUAGCACUACACAUUUGACAUUUGGUAAAUAAAGUCAUUAUUGUGCUCAUCGUGCAGGUAGUGUGGCACCUGACCAAUCAGACAGAUCCUCUCUCAUCCUAAAUGUUCUUCUGACAACUUAUUUAUGUCUCUAGAAUCACACAGUCUCUGAAUUGUGCUGCUGUGAGGUUUACACAAGACGUAUACGUACUCUUUUUGCUUCUUUAGAACCUCUUGCUUUUUGUAAAAGAGGUUCUAAUUUGUGGUUCUGCUUCUUUUCUGUUUCUUUUUUUUUUAAAUUUGAUGUGCUGUUACUUUUUCUGGCAGUUUUUCUGUGAAUGGGACGAGCAGCAGGAAAGUAAAACGGUUCCACUGCCUGAUGUUAUGAUUUCACUCAUAUAGGCAACAGUCUGCAUUGUGUAAAUACUCUGUUCCUGUGUAAGUUCUCACCCGAUGCAAUACAUGCAGCCGUUAGACUAAUUGUACUGAAACCUAAAAAUGAAAAGGAUUAGAUUAUCACCAACAGGAUUACUAUUAGUCAGGUCAUGUAAAGCCGUUUGAUUGAACACGGCUUCAUUUAGGAAGCUAAACAACAUAAAUUAAAUCAUUUGGAGAGGAGUGCCAAUUCCACAUAAAUUUGAACUUCAUCAAAAAGUGUUUCAUACACACAAGCUGCAGGUAUUUUAAUGUUCAUCACCCCUCUGCCACAUACACAUAUUUGAAAUAGAUGUACUAUUUUCAAGUUGAUUUCUUUUAAAAUCUAUCUAUAUAUAAUACAUAAAAAUUCAAAUUAUUUUCAAGUAAACUAUGUUUCAUAUGUAGUAAAGAUGCUAUGUGUUUUAAAGAUGUUUAAAAACACAGUAAAUUGCACUGCAAAGCUGUCAACAAAGUCCCAGACAAACCAUCCCUGAGAGCAGCAGAACAGGACUGGAAAAGUGGAGCAGCUUCCUGUAGAACAUGGACCUGCUCUGGCUGGCUUUAAAUUUACUCCUGACUCCAUGUUUGCAUUUAACACUUUCUCCCUAUGUUCAGUGAUGAAAAAGAAAUUACCUUUAGUUUCUUUAUGUGGAAUAAAAAUGCAAAGUGUG